UCAAAUGGAAAUACUACGUGCUCACGAUAGUUCAAGGCUCUACCCGUUCUGUUCAGAAGGAAUGUGAUGUUUGAUAUUCGCCGCAGCCUCCGUUGAUUGCUGCAGCAUCGAACCUACUUCAGACAGCGGCAGAUCACGGCGAGCGUAACGCGAACCAGCAGACUAACCAGACAUCAAUGUACGCGGCACAUGGUAUCGAGAGGCCCAAGCUCCGAGCAGUUCUAUCUGGAAUGCCGCAAUUGGCAUUCUUACUGGUGCUGGUGUUUCAAUUGACAGCCAAGCGUUACCUGUCUCUGGGUCUAGCAUGUGAUAACGGGGCAAACAUGCGCGAUUUCGGCGCAUACGGUGGUGAUUGGCAACAUCGAAUGUUGAAUGCUCGCAGGCCGGGUCCUGGCAGGACGAUGAAGGUAUGCGCAUUCUACCAGAAGGGCUCUCACAAAAGUCAGCAGAAGGCCGUCUUCGUAAAUGUUCUGAGCGCUGCAGUGGGUUUGGAAGCGAUCCACAGUGCACUACUGUUCUCGGUGUUUUCGGAGCACGGGCCUGGUAACAUGCCGAACUUCCUGGCAGGCUCCGACGCAAACAGCCAGACGUUGAAGCCAGCUUUGAGCUAA